AUGGCAGCCUCCAGCGAUGCUCAGAGGUGGCAGCUGCUUUUGCUGCUGCUUGCAGGUCUCAUGCAUGGUGCAUCUUCAUUGUUUGUGGUGAAAAAUAGCAACGGAACAGCUUGCAUAAUGGCCAACUUCUCAGCUACCUUCUUAGUGAACUAUGAUACUAAGAGUGGUUCUAAGAAUGUGACCUUUGAUCUGCCAUCUAAUGCAAAAGUAUUGAAUAGCAGCUCUUGUGGUACAGAGAAUACUUCUGACUCCAGUCUAAAGAUUGCUUUUGGAGGAGGACAUACAUUGACACUAAAUUUCACGAGGAGUACAACACAUUACAGUGUCCAGAUGCUAAGUUUUUUUUAUAACUUGUCAGACACAAAUAUUUUUCCCAAUGCAAGCUCCCAGGGAAGCAAUAUUGUGGAAUCUGUAACUGACAUCAAGGCAGACAUAGAUAAAAAAUACAGAUGUGUGAGCCGCAACCAGAUACACAUGAAUAAUGUAACUAUCACACUCCAUGAUGCAACCAUCCAGGCAUACCUCUCACAUAAUAACUUCAGCAAGGAAGAGACACGUUGUAAGCAAGAUGAAACUUCCCCAACAGUAGUACCAAGUCCAAAGCCUACAACUCCUUCGCCUUCUCCAGUGCCAGAAAAUCCAUCUGUGUCUAAGUACAAUGUGAGUGGCAGUAAUGGAACCUGUCUGCUUGCCAUCAUGGCGUUACAGCUCAACAUCACCUAUGAGAAAAAUGAUAACACGACUGUGACAAGAGUAUUCAACAUCAACCCAAAUACAACCAAAGGCAAUGGCAGUUGUACCUCUCAUUUAGUGACUCUAGAACUCCGAAGUGAAGAUGUUACUGUGCUUGUCUUCAGUUUUGGAAUGAAUGCAAGUUCUAGCCAGUUUUUCCUCCAAGGAAUCCAGUUAAGUACAGCUCUUCCUGAUGCCAGAGAGCCCACUUUUAAAGCUGCCAAUGACUCCCUGAGAGCACUUCAAGCCACUGUUGGGAAUUCUUACAAGUGUAAUGCUGAGGAGAAUAUUCAAGUCACAAAGGCAUUUUCGGUCAACGUAUUCAAAGUGUGGGUCCAGGCUUUCAAGGUUGAAGGCAAUGAGUUUGGAUCUGUGGAAGAAUGUCAGCUGGAUGAAAAUAACAUGCUGAUUCCUGUCGCUGUAGGUGGCGCCCUUGCCGGACUUGUCCUCAUUGUCCUAAUUGCUUAUCUCAUUGGCAGGAAGAGAAGUCAUGCUGGGUAUCAGACGAUUUAG